AUGUCGCCAGUCCACCUGGUGGGGGAGUCGGGCGAUGUGGUAUACGUAGGCCAAAUAAUAAAUGGAUUCUCCGGUGCCUGGGCGGGGCCAGGCCUGCCAUUACUGCGUGACCUUGAGCAGUCCCCACUGCCGUAUCUGCUUACUGAAUCUCAACUAUCCUUCGUCGCUUCUUUAACUUAUUUGGGAGCAAUACCUGGUACACACAUAACAGCUUGGUUAUCAAACACAAGAGGCAGGAAACCAUGCCUGGUGAUUGGUGGAUUCGUGUCAGUAUUGUCUUACGUAUUCCUGGCGACAGCAAACAAUCUGGCCAUGUUGUAUAUCAGCAGAUUCUUGGCAGGUGUCACUAUUGGUAUAGUUAAUGUCAUGAACUUGGUGUACAUUGGUGAAAUUGCAUCUCCAAAAAUCAGAGGCAUUCUGUUGACAGCGAUAGGCAUUUUCACCACUGUGGGAAUGCUGAUGAUUUUCGCCGUAGGUCCAUACCUAUCAUACAAUGACAUAAUUUACGUUGGUAUAAUACUGGCCAUAGCUUACUUAUUCUUAUUGAUAUGGAUACCAGAGAGUCCUAUUUUUUAUGCAAUACAAGGUAGAAACGAGGACGUAAACAAAGUACUACAAGAUUUAGGCAGAACAGAAGAUUUCACACUUGGUUUGUACUUUUACUUGGACAAAAUAGGGCAUCCAGUUGUAGAUAAAAUCAAAUGGUUGCCGUUGGUGGUGCUAAUAUUAUUCUACAUUGGUUUCGAUUCAGGUUUUGGGAUAAUUCCAAACGCGUUAGUCGGUGAAAUGUUUACACCCAAUGUCAGGAGCAAAGGUUCUACAGUGGCUCUAACAACGUCGUAUUUGUGUGGGUUUGGGAUAACAACGGCUUUUGGGGCGUUAUUGGAAAUUAUCGGAGGUCACGUGGCGUUUUGGUUCUUCUCUGGAACAUGCGCUUGCGCCUUUUUGUUCACUGCAUUCUUUAUACCGGAAACAAAAGGAAAAACUUUGUUGGACAUUCAAGCCGCUUUCGCUGGAAGGAAACUACUUUUAUUAAUAUCAACGGCUAUAUGUUCUUUAACUAUGUUCACAUUAGGCUUGUACUUUUACUUGGAUCGAAUAGGGAAUCCAGUUGUCGAUAUAAUCAACUGGUUGCCGUUGGUGGUGCUAAUCUUAUUCUACAUUGGUUACGAUUCAGGUUUUGGGAUAAUUCCAAAUGCGCUAAUCGGAGAAAUGUUUACACCCAAUGUCAGAAGUAAAGGUUCCACAGUGGCGUUAACAACGUCGUAUCUAUGUGGAUUUGGAGUGACAACGGCUUUUGGGGCAUUGUUGGAAAUAAUCGGAGGUCAUAUAGCAUUCUGGUUCUUCUCUGUAAAGUGUGCUUGCGCUUUUUUGUUCACUGCGUUCUUUAUACCGGAAACAAAAGGAAAAACUUUGAUGGAUAUUCAAGACGAUUUGUAGCAUUUUGUGAAUCUUGGAAAUAAAAUUAGAAGAACUUCCUAAAGUUAUUUUUUGUUCGAUGACAACCUUAU